AUGGUCAAAUCGGUUGCUCUCAAAUCGGUUUUACGUAAUUUUCUCAACCAUUUCGAGACACUUGAGACCAGACAUCGACUCAACGACGAGACCAGCGAUGAGUCCAACGAUUUGUAUCGCAAAGAGUUUCAAACACUCAAAGAGUUGACGGAAACGCUUAAGACUGAUCCCAACUGCGGAUCAGUUGAGGGCGAGUGUGAUGUGAAUCGACGCAAAAACCGAUACAAAGACAUUCUUCCGUUGUCGGCUCAGUAUGAGCUUCUUAUAGGUCCUCAAGGGCCUAGACUAAUGUACUUACGGUUAAUUGUGAAGGGAUCGUCCGGAUGUCCGCGCGCUUACAUCGCGAGUCAGGGACCGCUGCCCAACACUUUGGUCGACUUCUGGCGCAUGAUAUGGGAGACAGACAUUACGGUCAUUGUUAUGGCCUGUAAUGAGAGAGAGUCCGGAAAGUAUAAGUGCGAGUCUUAUUGGCCGCAAGACAACGACGAACCGCAACAAUACGGAAACAUAACAGUUGAGUUAGUGAAGUGGCGUCAGGUGUGCCCCGACUUCUUGGUCCGCACUCUGAAAGUAAAGGCGGACUCAAUAGAGCGGACAGUGUGUCAGUUCCACUACCAGACGUGGCCCGACCACGGAGUGCCCAACUCUGUCCACCCUAUACUCGAAUUGGUGCGACUCAUGCGUGACGUCCAGAUUUCCGAAACGCGUCCAAUACUGAUCCACUGCAGCGCCGGCUGCGGCCGAACCGGUACUCUAUGUAGUAUUGAUUACGUUUGGGCUCUACUCAGGACCGGAAAACUUAGAGAAGAUUUUAGUUUGUAUUUAAUUAUAAAAGAGAUGCGAAAGCAAAGGAUAGCAAUGGUUCAGACAUUAGAGCAGUAUAUGCUGUGCUAUAAAGCUGUGGCCACUCUUUUUGAGCAACAGCUGAAAAUGAUUGAUUCGCACACUUAUGAGAACAUCGACGGCGAUGGAGAGCCUCUUAUGAGACGCCAAUUGUUGCGAGAGUCGGACCAAAUGCCUCAUCAAACAGAUGUGAACGGAUGCCAAAGCAGUGCCACUAAAAAGAAACUGAUGCCCGUCUCGCCAUUGGUUGUGCCG